CUGCCUUGGGAUUGCUUCGCUCCAUAAGAUUUCCGCAAAACUCAUAUUGCGGGCUUUGAAACUAUACAUAUCAAUAGCAUUGCCCCUAUUUUCUAAAACGUCUUUUCUUGCCAUUCCAGGCCCAUCAGCUACCGUCUGAUGUUAUGCGCGUACCCAUCAUUGCCAGCACCCCUCAACAGCGAUCCAAGACCACCUAUAUUGGUGGUAAGCCAGGAGACAAAUAUCGAUUUACUGUCAUCACUCAAGGCCUUAUCCGCUACGAAUGGGCGCCGGAUGGAGACUUUGAGGAUCGACCUUCCUCCUUUGCCCAGCAUCGGCCUAGCGUGGACUGGGCCCAACUGCGCUACAAUGAGACUGCUACGUCCAUUAAUCUAUACACAGAAAGAUUUCAUUUGACGUAUGACAAGGAGGAAUUUUCUCCUAGUGGCCUUUUUGCUGUCAUUAAGGGAUAUACCGGUACCACCUGGAGAUUUGGCGAAGAGCAUGACACACUCGGUGGCACAUACCGAACUUUGGAUGGCAUCGACGGACGGGUAGCCGUUGGUGCUGGAGUAGCAUCACGAAAUGGAUUUGCCGUUAUAGACGAUUCCAAAAGCCUUCUAUUCACCAAAGAUGGUUUUAUUGCUCCUCGAAAGCCUGGGCCAGGGCGUGUUGACAGCUAUCUUUUUUGCUAUGGUCAUGACUACCGUGAGGCUGUAAAGGCACUGUACCUACUAUCAGGCUCUCAACCUCUUCUACCACGAUGGACCCUUGGAAACUGGUGGAGUCGCUACUACGAAUACACGGCAGAAUCAUACAUCGAGCUUAUGAACAAGUUCGAGCGCAACGGGAUCCCUCUCAGCGUGGGUGUAAUCGACAUGGACUGGCAUUUGGUGACAGAUCAGAAAGUCAAGGACGAGUAUUAUUCGGGCUGGACAGGUUACACAUGGAAUAAAAAGUUAUUCCCAGAUCCCAAAGAAUUCAUCCGACAGUGUCACGAGAGAAAUCUCAAGAUGACUCUCAACGAACAUCCUGCGGAUGGCAUCCACAGCUAUGAAGAUAUAUAUCAAACCAUGGCAAAGGCUGUAAACUUCAAUACGGACAAUAGGGAUCCCAUACCAUUUGAUAUUGCCAACCGAACUUUCAACAAGGCAUACUUCGAUGUUUUAAUGCCAAGCCUGGAGAAAGACGGUCUUGAUUUUUGGUGGGUUGACUGGCAGCAAGGAACCAAUUCCAGUAUACCUGGGGUGGAUCCUCUCUGGGUCCUUAAUCACUUCCAUUUCCUUCAUAAUGCAAAGCUACAGCAGGAAAGAGGUCCAGAGUGUGGAGGCGGUAGCCGACCUAUUGUCUUCUCUCGAUACGCCGGACCUGGUAGCCAGCGGUACCCAAUUGGAUUCUCAGGCGAUACUGUUACAACAUGGGCAUCUCUCAACUUCCAACCAGAGUUUACAGCUACGGCAAGCAAUAUAGGCUAUGGGUGGUGGAGCCACGAUAUCGGCGGCCAUAUGCAGGGCAUCAUGGACGACGAGCUUACUGCACGCUGGGUGCAGCUUGGUGUCUUUUCUCCCAUUAUGCGCCUACAUUCGACCAAGAAUCGCUGGGUUAGAAAGGAACCGUGGAAUCUUCUUGGGUCUGCGGAAUAUGGCCCACAAAGUGUGGUGACGGAUUUCUUGCGUCUGCGCCACAGGCUCAUUCCAUAUCUCCAUACAAUGAAUGCCCGCGCGGCGGAGAAAGGUGAGCCACUGGUGCAACCGCUGUAUUGGGAUUAUCCGGCAUGGGAGGAGUCGUACACCGUGCCAAAUCAGUAUCUCUUUGGAUCUCAAAUGAUGGUUGCUCCCAUAACGUCUCCUCAGAGCCGCGCCACCCUCUGUGGCAAGGUUCGCGCGUGGCUUCCACCUGGUACCUGGGUUGAUUUCUUUACAGGAAUGGUAUACGAUGGUGGGCGCUUUAUGUGGCUUUGCAGAACUUUGGAUCAGAUUCCCGUCCUCGUUAAACUAGGAGCUAUCAUCCCUCUAGAUGGAAGACCAGUCGCUAAGAAUGGUGCUGGCAAUGCCGAUGCUUUUGAGAUCACUGUAGUGGUUGGCGCCGAUGGCUGCUUUGAGAUUCUUGAGGAAGAUGAGAAUCAUUCCGGUACGGACGGGUCAUGGAUGAAGACUGUGAUUACAUAUGACGACAAGGCAGCCCGUCUAACUGUUGGUGCGACAACUGGGGCUGAUGAUACGGAAAGAAGAACAUGGUCAAUCCGCUUCUUGGGGUUGCAAAUUCCCGAACCUGAAAAUAUUGUCAUGACAGCAAACGGUUUAUCUUCAACCCCUUCAACGGAGGUAACCGAUGCUGCCAUCAUUAUUCACUUGGGGACGACUUCCAAGCAGACCGCCUUUACUCUAACACUGCCAAAGGGUCUCAAGCUAAAAGUUAACAACCCGGAGGACAGGAUUUUUGAGGUUCUAUACAAGGCUCAAGUUCCUAUUCCACUGAAAGAAGAGCUUGAUCGAAUUUUAACGCCCAAAAAUAUCGCUACGUCGGUCCGGAUUUCUCAGCUGGAAGCACUGAAUUUAGACGAAGACCUCAGGCUCGUCCUAGUUGAGCGGUUACUAGCCGAUCAGCGUUCAUCUUAUUGAUAGAUAUACUUCAAAUUGUCAACAUUUAUAGCUUAGUUAAAGUCAAUAUUUUCGCUACAUUUAUUUUUUGAUUAGAGCAACAGAAUUUUAAAAGUUAG